AGCUGCAUGAAAGGUUGACAUCUUCACAGAGCAGAGCAUCAGACUAGAGCUAGAUGAUCUCUAAGGAGACCUAUUACUUUAGGAGGAACUAAAUUGGCAGGCAGGCAGGCACUCUCCCUACUUGGGCUGCCUACAUUCCCUCCGACCCUGGUGCACAGCGUGAGUCAUCGCUGCAGCUUCCCUUCCUUCCUUACCUCCGGUCGUGUGAAUCCAAGUCCCAGGUCAGCACUUUAAGAGACCCCAGAGGGAGGGAGGGAGGCUGGCUCUCGGGCGGGUCUCUUUCUCCGCUCCUCCCGCUCCUUGCUCGGUUGCAGCAACCUGUGACGCUUCGCCUCACUGGUGCUUUAAAUAGAGGGCGGAGGAAGGCGGAGGGUGGCAACGGAGCCAAAGCGCGGCAGUCCUAGGCACGGCGCCGCCGCCUUUCCUCGCUCUUUCCUCGGUAAGAUGGCCCUCCGCGCCGCCCUGCUCCUCAGCUUCCUGCCGUCGGUCCUGGCGGGCGGCGGCUGCCCCCUCGAGUGCUCCUGCUCCCGGACGGCCCAGGUGGAGUGCUCGGGCGCCGAGAUCUCGGAGAUGCCCGCGCCGCUGCCCGGCCACGCCAUGAGCCUGCAGGUGGUCAACACGCGCCUGGCCGCUCUGGGCCCCGCGGCCUUCGGCAACGCCUCGCAGCUGCUCGCCCUGAGGAUGGAGAAGAACCUGCUGGAGCGGCUCAGUCCGCGCGCCUUCCGGCCCCUGGCGGCGCUCCGCUACCUGAGCCUGGCCAGCAACCGGCUGCAGGAGCUGCCGCCCGACGUCUUCCGGCCGCUGGCCCGGCUGGAAGCGCUGCUGCUGUCGGGGAACCAGCUGCGCCGCAUCCAGCCGGCCCACUUCGCCGGGCUGAGCGCCCUCAAGGAGCUGCAGCUGCACGGCAACCGCCUGCAAGCCGUGCCCCCGGGCGCCUUCGACCAGCUGCCCAACCUGGCCCGCCUCAACCUGGCCCGCAACCAGCUGGUGCGCCUGCCACCCCGCCUCUUCACGCCGCUGGCGCGCCUGCAGGUGCUGCGCCUCUACGAGACCCAGCUGGCCGAGCUGGCGCCGCGCGCCUUCGACGGGCUGGGCGAGCUGCAGGAACUGGCCCUCUACCAGAACCGGCUCCGCCAGCUCCCCGCCGGCCUCUUCACCGGCCCGCACAGGCUGCAGAAACUGCUGCUGUCCGGCAACCUCCUGGGGGCGCUGCCCGAGGGGCUCCUGUUGGGCCUGCCCGAACUCUCGCGGCUCUCGCUCUUCGGAAACGCCCUGCGCCAGCUGCGCCCGGGCACCUUCGGCCCGAUGCCCCAACUGCGGGAGCUCCGGCUGGGCGACAACCAGCUGGCCUCGCUGCCCGGCGGCGCCCUGGCCAACCUCACCGCGCUACAGGUGCUGGUCCUGAGCAGGAACCGUCUCGGCUCGCUGGCGCCCACCGCCUUCGCCGGCCUGGAGGGCCUCGAGGAGCUCGCCCUGCACUCCAACCGGCUGGCCACGCUGGACGGGGAGCUCUUGCGCGGCCUGAGCUCGCUGCGCAACCUCUCCGUGCACAGCAACCGGCUGGCCGCCUUGCCCGCGCACCUCUUCCAGGGGACCCCCGGCCUGCGUGCCCUUCAGCUGCAGAACAACUCGCUGGAGGAGCUUCCCGCUGGCAUCUUCGACGGGCUGCCGGAGCUGCGCGACCUCCAACUGCACGACAACCCCUGGCGCUGCGACUCCGCCCUGCGAUCGCUCCGGCGCUGGCUGCGGGAGAGCAGGGCCACCCUCGGCGGAGAAAGCCGCCACCCUCGCUGCGCCGCGCCGCCUGGGCAGUUGGGCCGGUCCCUGCUGGAGCCGGAGACCACCACCUUCGGUCCCGGGACCUCCGCGCUGCCGGAGGGCUGGGGAACCGUCUGGAGCCGCAAGGAGGCCCCUUCGGAGCAUCACCCGACGUCGCAAACGCUGUCGCCCGGACGCUGGCAGCCGCCGCUGGAUAGCGAGCCGGGCAGCGCAGAGAUCGCGCGGGAGUUCCCGGAGGAGCUCCCCGAAGCGGGCCGAGGGGGAGGCGGGAUUUGGGGCCUGACUCGCACCCAGACGGGGGUCGUGGUCACCUGCCUCGUGGUGGCCUCCGCCUUGCUCCUGGGGAUGGUGCUGGCGGUGGGCCUCUACAGCUCCAGGCGGAAGCGCUCCGUCCGGCGCGGAAUCGAGCAGAGACGGGACAGCUUCCGCCGGAGAGCGAGCCCGGAGACGCAGGGACAGGCCGAGCGCGCCUUCUCCGCCGCCCCAGGCUGGCAGCUCCGCCGGCGAAGAGCGGCCCGCAAUGACGGCAGCGCCUUCGCGGCAGAGGAGACGGCCAAUGCCUGCCCUGCUCCCCUCCCGAGGUUGCCAGCCUUUGCCCCCAUCUCUGGAAAGCAAAGUCCUGCAGCUGCCUCUGCCCACUGGGUCACUGACUCAGCCACCCAGCGGACCGAGCGCUGCUCUUGGAGGUCAGGGCCGGGGGGAGGGGGCUUCCUUAAGCACCUGGUUGCACAGAAGGCGGAGAAGAUGCCCGUCCGGCCUGGCCUCCUGCUGCUGCUGCUGGCCUUCUCGGUGCCGGCCCCGCCGGGGAGCGCCGCCUGCGCCCGCCUGGCCCCGUGCCAGUGCUUCGGUGGCGCCACCGUCUUCUGCUCGGGGCGGAACGUUUCGGGCGUCCCGGAAAAGCUGCCCCCCGAGGCCAGCCAGCUGCUCUUCGUGGGCGCCUCGCUGAGCGUCCUGCCUUGCGGCGCCUUCGCCCCGCGCAGCAACGGCAGCAGCGCCCUGCGCAAGCUGGCCUUCCUGGGCUGCCCCCUCCGGACGCUCCCGGGCUGCGCCUGGGCGGGGCUGCCCCGGCUGCGGGAGCUGGACGUCGCCCUGGCCCGGCUGGCCGGCCUCCCCCGCGGGGCCCUGCGCGGCUUGGGCGGCCUGAGCAAGCUGGCCGUGCGCUUCAGCCAGCUGGAAGCCCUGGAGGAGGGGCUCUUCGACGGCACCCCGGCGCUGGAGGCGCUGCACCUGCAGGGGAACCGGCUGGCCGCGCUGCCCCCGCUCCUCUUCCGCCCGCUGCCCGCCCUGGAGUCCCUCUCGCUGGCUCAGAACCGGCUGGCCCAGCUGCCCGCCGACACCUUCCGGGCGCUCGUGCGCCUGCGCGAGCUGCGCCUGAGCGACAACCUGCUGGAGCGCCUCCCGCCGUGUCUCUUCCGGCCGCUGCAGGCGCUGCGCGAGCUCUUCCUGGACGGGAACCGGCUGGCCGAGCUGCCGCGGGGGCUCUUCGCGGGGCUGGCGCGGCUGCGGCGGCUGCACCUGCAGCACAACGCCCUGGCCCGCCUGGAGCCGCCGGGCCUCUUCGCGGGGCUGCCCGGCCUGGCCUUCCUGCUCCUGCAGGGCAACCGGCUGGCGGCGCUGCCCGCGGGGCUCUUCCGGGGGACGCCCCGCCUGGUGGAGCUCUCGCUGGCCCGCAACCGGCUCCUGGAGCUGCCCGAGGGGCUCUUCGGCGACCUCCCCGAGCUCUCCGUCCUCAGCCUCGCCCACAACCGGCUCGGCCGCGUGACUGCCGGCACCUUCCGGGGCUUGGCCGGGCUGGGCCGGCUGCAGCUCCGCUACAACUGCCUCUCCGCCCUCCCCGGGGCGGCCUUCGCCAACCUCAGCAGCCUGGAGGCCCUGGACCUGGCCCACAACCGGCUGGAGAGCCUGCCCGAGGGCCUCUUCGACGCCAACGAGAUGCUGGCCAGCCUGGCGCUGGAGGGCAACCCCUGGCGCUGCGACUGCCGCCUGGCCCCCCUGGCCGACUGGCUGAGCACCAUGGAGCAGCCGCUCGGCGCCCGGGUCCUCUGCCGGACUCCCGCCCCCUUGGAGGGCAGGACUCUGCUGGCUGCGAGGGAGGAGGAGCGCCUUUGCCCCUGCCAGCCUGGCAGCGCCCGUUGCCGAGGGGAAGCCCCGGGCCCCCCGGAGGAGACAGGCGCCCUGGGCCGGGAGGCUGAGGGGCUGCCGGCAGGCCCCGGGCGCCCCUGGGAGAGGAAGGCCAGGAGGGGGACGGGAUGGAGGAUGAAGCCCGUCUGCUGGCCUUUGACUGGACAGCCGGACACGUUCUGACAACGCCCCUCCCCCUGAGUUGGCAAGAGGAGGGGCGAGGGGCUGCGGAGCGGCAGGCAGGGUCCUCCCACCAGGCAGCGCCCUUCCCAAGUGCGGCCAUAUGCAAGUCCGGGAGCCCCGACAUUGCUCGUCCGGGUGG